AGCCCUGGUUUGUCCCCACAAAACAGACCCAACACUUUGUAAACACGAAACAUUUAUUUUAAAACUUCAAUAAAACACAAAGAACACAAAUGACAGAUCUGAGCAUCACUGGUCAGCAAGUGCAGACGCAGCAGUUCGUCCCAACAGAACCCUUUCGGAUCACCACCAAUGCACCACACCAGAUGAACGAUGCUAGUCUGACUCCCGGAAGGAAGAAGCUACAGAAGUGGCUGGGUCGCGUCCUGCGAAUCGUCAUUACCGAUGGCCGCGUCCUGAUUGGAUUCUUUAACUGCACCGAUCGAGACGCCAACAUCGUCCUCUCCAUGUGUGCCGAGUAUCUGGUGGAGGGCCAGGAGCCUCGUCUGUUGGGUAAUGUCAUGGUUCCUGGAAAGCACAUUGUAUCCUGUUCUAUCGAUGAGCCUGAUCCUCAGUCUAGUCUUCUGGUGCAAUAGACAGACCUUUUUUUUGUAGUUAAUAUUAA